AUGGAGCGUGUCCGGUGUCUCAUCCCCCUCCUCGUCGCCCUCUGCUCUUUUAGAGGCGCGUCAUCAAUCGGUUGUUUUGUUUGUCAAUCGUUCAGUGCAUCGGAUUCGUCGUGUGAAGAUCCGUACAAUUCGUCGAUCAGCAUGUUGCCAGUGUCGCCAACAGAGGCCUCAACCUCAGCGCAUCACUAUCAACAUCCCUGUUUCGCUUUCCGAAAAGAACGAGAUGGACUCUUCCCGGCUGAUCAUUGUAUAAAGAUCAAUGGGAAAAGAAUGGACGAUCCCACACAAACGAUGAUGAUUCGGACGUGUGCCGUUGACUCAGGAUCAUUGACAGCUGAUACGGAAAUCGUUCGAAUAUCCCAUUGUGGUUCAUUCAAAUACGAGGGUUCCUAUUAUGAUGGUUGUGUGCAAUCGUGUGACACGGAUGGGUGCAAUUCGGCGAAAACACAAAGCGAUUUCUCCAUAUUUCUUCCGAUACUUUUCCUGGCUUUCGUCUUUUCA